GCCAUAGUACCACGAAACCCGUUGCCACGAUCGUUCGCUUGGCAUCGUGUUGCAUCUUACCGCGAUUCUAAAGACGGAGUUCUCUUCCGUCUACUUGCAGACAGGAAACAAUUUCUUUGUCUCGAUAAGGGCGCGAUUCGCGCGCGGCAAGUGUCGAUUAUGAGCUUUCCCGCCCUUUCGCGCGACUGUACUUUUGUCCUAAUUUAAUUGUGUACGUGCCAUUCAGAUUCAUAUGUAACGAGUGCUGAGAUAAGUUUGUCCCACGCAGGACGCCGGUUGGAUCUACUUGUUAUAUCGGAUUUCUAUCGACAACGCAUUGCUCCAAUCACUACAGAAUGACUUCUGCUGGGCUUGAAGUGCGCGAGGCCGGGCGAGCACUGCGCGUUCAAACAGAAGCACCACAUCUCGUUUCAAUGGGAAGUGGAAGACUAUCUACCUCAGUAACUCUAAAUCCUUUACCAGAAGGUAGAAUAAUUCUGGGAUGCAAUCGAGAUGCUGAUAUACCGGUCGCCGGUACCGGUGUCGAACCCAUUCACUGUAUGAUCGAAAACAAUAACGGCGUUGUCACACUGCAUCCUAUAAAUGGGAACACAUCCAUCGAUGGAAUUCCAGUCAAUUCUCCUGCUCGACUUACUCAAGGUUGCAUGGUAACAAUAGGAAGGUCAAACUACAUGAGGUUCAAUCACCCAGCCGAAGCAAAGCAGCUAAGAGCCGUCUUACCCAACUCCAGAAUAUCAAUGGCGCCAAUAUCUUUCUCAUUCUCGGAUGUUCUGGAUAGCCACCUGGAGCGAAAACCACCAGUUCCUCCAAGGAAAUCACCCCGAAAUUCCUGCUCAGACGACGAAGUCGGUUUUCUGAGUAAAAUUACCAAAUUCGAAAUGCUGGCCAGACAAAACAGAAACUGCGUCUCCCCAAAGGUCUUCCCAGCUGGAGGUCUCACAACAAAUGUUCCAGCUGACCAGAUUCUCGGCCACUCCAGAUCACCAAGCAUAGCAUCCCUCUCCAAACUCAGCACUUCAAGUCCCUUACAGAAUCUCACAAAUCUCGACAGAAGUCGAUCAAACACACCCUCCUUCCAUAGUCCCGGAACACCUCACCGUCUCGAAGAUUCCAGACAAAAGUCAGAAAUUAGCAAGACACCCAGUCGCUCAAACACGCCCAAUCAACUUUACCAAAAUAGCUCCACAAAUCAGAAUCACAUCCAAAUCAUUUCGGCAGCUGAAACUUACUUAAAUGCUUACAAGUCGAAUCUAAAUUACAACAAUAAUGAAAAUCAGGAUUUAAUGUCGAGGAGUAUGAUUUGCCAAGGAAGUAAUGAUUUCGACAGGCUAAGUAGCGACUUUGAUAUGAGUCAGAGUCUGAUAGUCGCCAAAACGACAACAACUGAAUACCUCCAGGUUGAAAAAUUUGAUUCCAAUCCAAACCUCUAUCAUCGAGGAUCAGAGAUUACUCUGAAUGGCAGUAGUUGUAGAAAUUCACAGGAAUUUGGUUCUAAUUCGAAUAUAAAGAAGGUGCAACCGAUGAGUCCAGCUUUUAAUCGAAAUCCGAGGUAUGAGAGCAAGAAAAGCUUUGGACGUGUUAAGAGUCCCACGCCAAGUACCGGAAGCGGAUGUUCCUUGGAAGAGUUUAGGGAGAGACAGGUGGACGCGGAGAAUAAGAGAAGAGUGGCUGAGAAUAGACGGCAGCAAGCCCAAGAAGAGAGACUGAAAGAACAGGAGAUUGAGAAGCAAGAAAAACUCAGGCUAGAAGAGAUUCUGGCCAUGUGUGCAGAGUAUGAAAGACAGAGCACUAUCGACAAACCCAGGCAACCUAACAGAAUAAUGACAAAUGGAUCGCUAACGAGAGACAAGAGAUCAGGUCACAAUUCUCCUUUUGGAAGUCCGAAGAGUCCUUCCAAGAUUCAACCACACUUUGCAUUCGAUUCAUCGAAGGAAAACAAAUCAGCUGUCUACGACAACGCGAGUGUGAAUUCGAAGGUGACUCUUCAGAACGGAGAUACGCCAAACAACAGUCGAACUACAUCAAAUUUCGUACACGAGGACAAUGAGCAAAAAUCGAAUGGCAGGGAUCCUCUACCAACUACCCCGAACAACCAAUCUUCGAAAUGGCUAAAUGCUUCUGGCAUGGCGGAUUCGGACUUUUCUAAUUCGACGUCUCAUGCUCACAGUCCCAAUUACGAGAACGUGAGAGUCGAAAACGGUGCUAUUAACGUAAUGGAAUCGUCAGUUCUUACUGAGAAAGAAUCACUGCACCCGAGUGUAUAUGAUAGGGCCAAAAGCGAGUCUCCGUCGAUCUUCGGUAAAACACAUCUGAAUGGAACGAAGUUUAAUGGAGAGAAAGCAGCAUCUGAAAAUUACGAGAACUUCAUGCCACUAAAUGGCAACACUAGUGUCUACGAGAACGUCGCAAUGCCUCGCAACAAUAGUCAGGUGUCUUCAUACACCCUGCCCAGAAGGAAAACCUCAAAGACUAGUUCUUGUGAUGUUAUCGAGAACAAGUUGUUGGUUUCAGACGACGAUCUCCUAGAUGCGAUUGAACAACUAAAAAUGUUGCCAAAGUGUAGUAGUGAUACUGUGCAUACUAUGCCCAAGAGGAUCAACUCGGAAAAGGAUAACACGAAAUCGAACGAAGUAAAAGCUGACAAGGAAAAGAAGGCUCUCGAGAAAGAGGACAGGAGAAAGUAUAUGGAUUUUCUGCAAAAUGAGAAGCGACAUAUUAUGGGGAAUAUGGAAGUUUUCAAAAGAAGCGUUGCUGACAUUGAGAAUCAAGAAGAGGAAAUCAAUCGAGAGCUCGAGCUCGAGAAAGCUCUUUUGUCUGCGGAAUACGAAUCGGAAUCGUUAAAACUCACACAGGACGAGGGCGAAAAGAUAAGAAUUCAGAUGCGAAUAAACGAAUUGGAGAGAGAAAUGUCACAGGAUGGUUCUUCUCAAGCCAAUUUGCAAGAAGAAGCGAGACAACGAGUUCAGAAAGCUCAGCAGCUUUGUAAUGAUUUAGAAGAUGAACUUGCGAACUGCGAAAAUGAAGAAACUCGAGACGAGCUUACGAAAGAAUUAAAUGCACAGCUAGAUGUUUUUGAAAAUGAAAGAAAGGCUUUUGAAGAUUUAGAGUUUCAUCACCUAGAGGAAGAGGCUAGCAAGUUGGCUACGAGAGAAGAAUUACAAAGGUACCUUAGUGAACUUUCAACGAGGAUAGAAAGUAGAAAAGUUCAACUCACACAUUUGGAAUCGCAAAAGUGUGAAAUCAAAAACUCAGCAAGCAAGGAUACGAAGAAUUUAGAAAGACAGAAGUUGGGACACUUGAGAAGAGUAGAAGAGGGUCGAAACCGAUUACGAGCUAUCGAAGACGAGUUGGAAAGUUUGGCUCGAAAUGUACCUGAUUAUGAAGAAAAACGAUCUCCAAGUAGAGAAGACUUCGACAGGAUAUCAAGAGUCACUACUGAUUCUCCUAUUGUCAACCACCAAGGCAGCUUGGGAAGAAAAACGAUAGAAUCUUUAAAAGAAAUUGAGAGGAACAGACAGCUUCAUCUAGCAAAGCAAGGCAGCCAAGUUAUUUCCGAUGAAAGACGAAGAGUCGAGGAAUUAAAAAGAAGAGUUCAGGACGAAGUACGUUCGCAGUGGGAAGAAAGAAAACUGAAUUGCACCUCUUUUAACAGCGUGGAAUCUGGAGAAGAGUCUAGUUACUCUACAGGACCAACUGAAAGUGGUAGCGGAAGUAGUGACAGUGCAGAGGGAGGAACCAGUGAUAAAUUAUCACCAAGUAAACUUUCUGAAUUCACCUCACCGAGUCCUGGACCCUCGAAUAAUUCAUAUUCGAUUCUGCCAACAGACAACAUGAGGGAUGACAGAAGAACGUCAUUAGAAAAUGAGCGGUACAGUACAACUAGUGUUGGAAUUUUGGAUGACAAUGGAAGUCGUCCCAUGUCUCAAACUUCAAGCGAAAUGGACACCUUAGGGUCUUUACAAACCGUUAAACAUCGUGAAAAGGCUAAACUGCAGAGACCACUUACGAGGUAUCUUCCCAUAAAAUCUGAGUCUCUGGACUUGAGGCUUCACAUCGAAACGGCUGGUCAUCAACUCCCGCUGAUUCACGAUGUUUCUGUCGACGCAACCAGUUGCUGCGGAUAUUUAUCCAAAAUGAGCAAGAAAUUCCAUCACUGGAAUAAACGAUGGUUCGUUUUUGAUCGGAAAAGAAAGACACUCUCGUAUUUCAGUGAUAGCAGUGCCAAAAAACCACGAGGCCUUAUUUACUUCCAGUCUAUUGAGGAAGUUUACGUGGACCACAUGAACUCAGUAAAAUCACCACAGCCUUCGUUGACCUUCAUUAUCAAAACCACAGCGCGUCUUUACCACCUAAUGGCACCAAGUGCAGAAGCAAUGCGAGUUUGGGUCGACGUAGUUUUCACAGGAGCUGAAGGAUAUCACGAAUUUGAUCAUGGUGUCUAAUAAAAACACAAUUAAUCUUUUUUGAAACAAGAUGCCUUGAAAAGAUCACGUGGUCACUUAUAUAUAGAAGAUGUAAUUCUUCAUUUCGAGAAAGCAGUUGAAAUCUUACCAACAGUUUUUAAAUAAUUAGCAUCAACUGCUAAUCAUAUAAAGCGAUCUCAGACAGGAGUAAAAUAAAAAAUAAAACUCCUUGUGCUUGAUCCAAUUCUUUAUGAAUUAAAAUCGAAGGAUCCUUGACAAUAUUUAACUUAUUAGACUCAAGUAGAGUAUAAAUUCAAAAUUAAAUUCGGUAAAAAAAAGAGAUACUAGUAAAUUUGAUAAUCAAGAGGUGCUAAAUUAUCUAAUCUCUCAAAAUCCAAUUUGAAUAUUUAAAAAAUCUCUAUUUUCAUAGAAAAUAGACGAGUAAUUUUUAACCAUUUGUUGGGAAUUCUACGUACUAAAAACGAAAGAGAGCUUUUGGAUCCAGUGUCUUGUUAGAAAAUUUUUCUAGACAAGUUGCGAAACCGUUUUAUCUAAAAUUAAUUUGGAAAGCAUGUUAUUUCUACUCUAUUUAAUCUAAAUUAUUGUAAAAUAUUUUAAGGAAUUAUGCUAUACUGCCAUUAGAAACAAAAGUUUCCACAGAUAUAACAACUCUGCAGCUGGGAUUAAUAUUUCUAAAUCGUUUUCUUAUUAGAAUAAUGCCGGAGAGUGCCAACAUAAUUAAUAACUAAGGGCAUUAGCGAAAAGUUAUACAAGUAUUACUCGUCGAUGACCUUACGAAGUAUACAAGUCUGUUAGUGUAUACAAAUGUUUAAUCUAGUCUUCCGAGGUAGGAGAACGCAAGUGCAGAUUCGUAAUUUCGUUGAUGAGGCUUGGAAAUUCUGUGCAAGAUCUUCGACCCUUUUGUCGAGAGAAGGCCAUUCCUGGAAUAAACCAGCUCUUAAAAUACGAAAAUUGUAAAUAUAUUAUGUCUUAUACAUUAUGUAAGCCUAGCGUAAUAUUUCUCAGAAGUGCUUUUUCUCUUUCGAGAUUUUCUCAAAUGAUCGACAAUAAAAUUCAGAAGUAAGAUCCAUCACUAAAAAUGCAGGAUGAGUGAUCAUUUUUUUUUGCAAUUAAGUGCCAAUCAGAGUAGUUAAAUUCAUUAAAAAAUGUAAUGAAAUAAAUACGUAUUAAAAUAUGUAAAAAAAAUGUUAUUGUCUCGUAGAAUAGAAAAGAGCUCAAUUGUAAUACAUUGGAUAAAAGGUAGAAAACACAAGCUUUUGGAAAAUGAAUCCCUCAAAUUAAAUAUAAACUAAAAGUAUUGAAUUUUUAUGAUUUUGAUUGGCACUGUAAUUCCAAUUUGUAUUUGAUAGCAAUUUAUAUUCGAGGGUGAAUACUUUAGCACAAACAAUCAACGAAAGUGUACUUCUUUAUGGAUUUUGAUACUUUUAGAAGACAAGAUUUUAUAAUAAGAGUAAUUUGAUGAAAAUAGUUCCACGCAGGAAUGAAAUUUGAUCAUUUAGUCCAAUUAUCGCAACUAAAUCUGGCGAUAUUAUUACUUAUCUCAAAACUGAUUAUUUUAUUACAAGUAUUAUGUAUCUACAAUUAUCAAACGUAUUAUGGAACUUGAUUGAGUCUGCGUUGUUGAAAAAUAAUAUCAAGUUCCAUUUAUAUGAAGGAAAAGAAACUUUUUGUAUUUAAUCUUGCCGCAAAUUAAAAGAGCGCACAAAAGUUGUCAGUGAAAAAUCGUAAUUCUUAUCAAAUUAAUCAUUUACGGUAUGAAUUGAAGCAUGCGUGAUUAUAUUCGAGUGACUUUUCAUUUACUCCUUGAUAAAAAUUGUUAUUUUCGUUAGUAACUGUAUAUUUUUAAUUUUUAUUCUGUCAACGAAAGCAGUAUAAACUGUAUGCGAGAGUUGUUUGUCUGAUUUAAUUCAAAUGAUGCCUUUCUACCUUUAGUAAAACACAAUACACGAAUCAAAAUACUUAUAUUGAA